AUGCUAAUUGCUCAACUUCCAAAAAGUAAUCUUAAUGCAUAUGAGUAUCUUCAUAUAGAAGAUGAAAUGCCAGAAGGAGGACUUAUUGAUCGUGAAAUAAUUAAUACUAUAUUAAAUGCAGAUAAUGAAGAAGAGCUUUUAAUUGAUGAAGAUGAAUCUCUACCUGUAUUGGAAAAAGUUAGUUUAGCAGAAGCAGAUGAUGCUGCAAAUAAAAUAAUGAGAUUUUUGUAUGAACAAGGACCAGAAUUUGGUAAAGUAAACAACGAAUUAAAAGUUUUAAGAGGGCUGCAUAAGCGAAUUAAAUUGCUAAUUGUGGAAAAUUUAAAACAAGUUGAUAUUCAUAAUUACUUUCACAAUAAUAUUGAACAAUAAUUCCUGUAUAUAAUAUACUUUACAUAUAAUAUAAUAAUAAAUAAAAUAUCAUAAAUAUUGUAUAAUAAUAAAUUAUUGCGAACUGUCACAUGUUUAUAUUUUU